AUGUAUAGGCAAUUCCUUGUGCAUCCAUCGGAUAGGAAAUUCCAAUUCAUCUUAUGGAGAGAAAACGAACAUACCCCAAUACAAACUUACCAGCUCAAUACCAUAACUUACGGCACAUCAUCUGCACCCUUUUUAGCAAUUCGCUGUCUUCAGUAUUUGGCUGAAAUUAACGUCGAACGUUUUAGUCAAGGUGCUGCUGUUCUUAAGUCGGACUUUUACGUUGAUGACAUGCUAACUGGGGCAGACGACUUGGAUACUCUUUGUCAAAAACGGAAUGAAGUCGUUUCAAUUUUGAGUACAGCUGGCUUAGAACUUUCGAAGUGGAACAGCAAUCAUAUCGCUUUAAUUGAAGAAGCUACACCAAAGGACAUCAAAUUGACUGAAUCCAAUCUCACCAGUACGUUAGGUAUUUCUUGGAACCCUCGUGCUGAUGAAUUCAUUUUUUCAUACAAACCUAAUCGGGUCUAUACAAAAUACACAAAAAGAUCUAUUCUCUCGCUUUCGUCGUCUCUUUUUGAUCCAAUGGGCUUGCUUAGUCCAAUAAUUAUCCGGGCUAAGAUACUGCUACAACAGCUUUGGAUAGAAAAAUUCGAUUGGGACGAAAAUAUUUCUCCAAAUCUCGAGACAGAGUGGCGUCAAUUCAUGACAGAUCUCAACUCAAUUCAAAAUCUUUCAAUUCCUCGAUACGUUUUUCUAGAAAACAAUAUCAGAUUCCAGAUACAUGGGUUCGCAGACGCAUCUAUGAAAGGGUAUGGCUGCUGCAUUUAUCUGCGGAGCAUUGACAAUAGUGGGUCCGUAGGAGUGAAACUUUUAGUCGCCAAAUCCAGAGUUGCUCCUGCAAAGAAGAGAACACUUCCCCGCCUAGAGCUCUGCGCAGCACAUCUCUUAUCCAAACUUUGGGUAACAAUACAAAGGGUCAUCGUCAAGCACUACAAUGAAACUUACUUUUGGACUGAUUCGUCAAUAGUUCUGCACUGGAUAGCCACACAUUCUUCGAAGCUAAAUACUUUCGUUGGUAAUAGAGUAGCUGAAAUCCAGGACACAACAAAGGAGGUGGUCUGGAAACAUGUUCCAACUUCUGACAAUCCAGCAGAUAUAGUUUCUCGAGGAUGUACAGCGGAAGAGCUUAAAAGUUCAAUUUGGUUCAGGGGUCCAGAUUUCUUGAUCGAGGAUGAAGAAAGGUGGCCAUGUUCAUUAGGAGCUUCUCCUCCUCCAGAAGAUUUAUUGCUAGAACACAGGAAAACUGUUUUAGUUUGUCAAAAAGACAAAAACUAUUAUCUCAAUUUAAUUGAAAAGGUUAGCUCGUACACCAAAGUUUUGAGAAUCUUUGCUUACGUAAAAAGAUAUCUCAAUUUACGAUUACUGAGGAUUCCAUUCCCAGGUCGAUACCUUACAGCUGGGGAGUUAGAUUAUUCGUUACUCACCAUAGUUAAUGUCAUACAAAUGGAGUAUUUUGCGAAGGAGAUCCAGGCAGUAAAAUCAAACUCAAAACUUCAAGGAUCGACAAAAUGGUUAUGUCCUUUUAUCGAGGACAGAAAUGGUCUUUUGUUGUUGAGAGUAGGUGGCAGAUUGAAACAUGCUGACAUUCCAGAGGAAAACAAACAUCCGAUGUUGCUUCCAAAAGAUUGCAAUUUCAGCAAAGAACUUAUUCGACAUUUGCACUAUUCUAACUACCAUGCAGGUCCAAAGGCUCUUGUGGCGCUAACGAGACAAAGAUUUUGGAUCAUCAAUGUUCGACAGUUGGCACGCAGCGUUAUUCGAAGGGCACCCAAUUUUGGUGGAAUUUGGGAAGCUGCAGUUAAAGUCGCUAAGGGUCAUUUGUAUCGCAGCCUUGGAAACGCCAAAGUGUCAUUCGAAGAGCUGUCAACUGCACUUGUCGAGAUUGAGGCCAUCAUGAAUUCGAGGCCUAUUACUUCUAUAUCAACAGAUCCAAACGACUUCGAAGCCCUAACACCAGCACAUCUCCUGAUCGGGUCCUCUCUCAAGGCGAUUCCCGAACUAUUGACUGAGGUAUCCGACAUAAGCUAUCUCGAAAGGUGGCGGCGAAUUAACGCUGUCAAAACUCAUUUCUGGAAGCGAUGGUCCAACGAGUACGUCACUGAACUGCAAGGUCGUGGAAAGUGGACAACAUCAAGUCCAAAUAUCGCUAUCGGCAGCUUGGUCAUCAUUCACGAAGACAAUUUACCACCCCAAAAAUGGCUCUUGGGAAGAGUCACCAAAGUCAUCGAAGGUCCUGAUGGGCGAGUAAGAGUCGCCGAUGUUAAAACUCAACGAGGAACAUUUCGAAGACCUAUUCGCAAAUUGGCGGCGAUUCCGUCUUGA